CUGUGUUCGUUCCCACGAUCUUUGCCGACAAUUUCCGAACGAGCGCUCCUUUUCCCUCGAGAAGUUCCUGAGGGAUCGGUCAAUCAUGGGCCGUCGACCAGCGAGAUGUUAUCGCUACUGCAAAAACAAGCCCUACCCGAAGUCUCGUUUCUGUCGUGGUGUCCCAGACCCGAAGAUUCGCAUUUUCGACUUGGGAAAGAAGAAGGCGAGUGUUGAGGACUUUCCACUUUGCGUUCAUCUAGUCUCUGAUGAGUACGAACAGCUGAGCUCAGAGGCCCUCGAGGCAGGCCGUAUUUGUUGCAACAAGUACAUGGUGAAGAAUGCGGGAAAGGAUCAGUUCCACAUUCGCAUGAGGCUCCAUCCCUUCCAUGUUAUCAGGAUCAACAAAAUGUUGUCCUGUGCUGGGGCUGAUAGGCUCCAAACUGGGAUGAGAGGUGCCUUCGGCAAGCCCCAGGGUACAGUGGCUCGUGUUCGCAUUGGCCAGCCAAUCAUGAGUGUCAGGUCCUCUGACCGUUACAAGGCCUCAGUCAUCGAGGCACUGAGGCGUGCCAAGUUCAAGUUCCCAGGUCGUCAGAAGAUCUACGUCUCCAAGAAGUGGGGAUUCACCAAGUACGAUCGAGCUGAGUACGAGGAGCUCAAGGCUGCUGGACGUCUGGCCCCCGAUGGCUGCAACGUCAAGUAUCUGCCCGAGCACGGACCCCUCGACGCGUGGAAGAAGUUCAGAGAGUACUUGGCCUCAGCCUGAGUGAUUUGAUCAUUUUUGGACAUCGAUAAUUGAAUAAAAAAAACAUUGAAAAACUCAA